AUGGCUUCGGAGAAGACGAAUGGCCGUUUGGCCUACUGGGCGAAGAGGCUCGAAUGCCCGGUCGACGAGAACGCCAACUACAAGAACACCUUCUGGUGCAAUAGAGAUUUGAUUCCCAUUCCGCCAGACAGGAGAACAUGGACGUGGCAAGGUUUUGCUGGAUACUGGGUCAUCUGCGGUAUCAACACCACUGCCUGGACAGCUGGAUCAUCACUAUUGUCUCUCGGCUUGAGCGUCCCUCAGUCAAUGGGUGUUGUCGUUGGCGUUGCUCUAAUCUCAGCACUGAUUGCGGUUGUUGCCGGUUGGCCUGCCUGCGUUUGGAUGGGUAUUCAGGCAUACUGGGGCGGACAAGCCGUCAAGAUCAUCCUCCGCGCCAUCAUCGGCCGCAGCUUCGUCGACCUCGAAAACACGCUCCCGGCCUCCGCCAACACGGACACGGCCAGCAUCAUCAGCUUCUUCGUCUUCAUCGCCAUCUUCCUGCCACUACCCCUAAUCCCGCCGGAGAAGCUGCAGCUGCCCUUCAAGAUCACCUUCGUCAUGAUCACAGCGACCAUGUUCGGCAUGCUGGGCUGGGCGGUGCACGCGGCGCACGGUGCGGGCGCGCUGAUCCACACUCCCGCGACGCAGCGCGGGUCGGCGCUGAGCUGGGGCGCCGUGUACGGGCUGCAGUCGAUCAUCGGGUCGCAGGCGUCCGGGUGUUUGGGCCAGAGUGACUGGACGCGUUACGCGCGCUCGCCCAACGCCGCGCUGUUCGGCCAGCUCGUCACCGCGCCCAUCUUCAUCACCGUCACCGCCGUGUGCGGCAUCCUCAUCACCAGCGCCGCCGCCGACGUCUACGGCGAGUACAUCUGGAACCCGUUCGAGCUGCUGCUCGCCAUUCAGGACCACUCGCUCUCGCCGGCGGCGAGGGCGGGCACGUUUUUCGCCGGGUUGGGGUUCUUGGUGAGCCAGCUGGCGCUGUGUCAGAUGUUGAACGGGAUUUCGACUGGUAUGGAUAUGGCGGCGUUGUGUCCUAAAUGGAUCAACAUCCGCCGCGGCUGCUACAUUCUCACCGUCAUCGCCAUAGCCAUUUGUCCAUGGAACUACGUCACCAACCCCGGCACCUUCAUCACCGUCCUCUCGGGCUGGUCCGUCUUCCUCUCGCCCAUGACAGCCAUCGUCGUGUGCGACUACUUCGCCGUGCGGCGCGGCGCCCAGUACCACGUCGGCGACCUGUACCGCGGCAACAGCACCUCCGCCUACUGGUACGUCGCCGGCUUCAACCCGCGUGCCUUCGCCGCCUGGAUCGCCGGCAUGGCGCCCCUGCUCCCCGGCUUCGCGCGCGCCAUCAAGGGCACGAGCGAUGGGAAUGGCUGGGACCGCAUUUACCAGAUCAGCUACUUUUAUGGGUUUGGCGCGACGUUUGUUGCGUACUGGGCGCUGUUCGCCGUGUGGCCGAUGCCGAAGCAGAGGGGGUCGAGUCCGUUUGUGUUGGAGGGUGUGGCGGAGAUGGUCGUGGUGGAAGGGGUUGAGCAGACUGAGAGUGCGAGCGCGAGUGUGAGUGGGAGGGGGGAAGAUGUGGAGAAGGGGGCUGUUGCGGGUGUGGAUGGGAAAGCGGUGGCGAAGACGUUUGCGGGAUGA